ACAUCUUUUCAUUACCCUCAUUAUCUUCUUCCUCUGGUCUGUAUUCUCAACAAAAGCAGUCAGCAGAGUCUUUCGUGAUUCAUAAUAAGACAGAAAGCAAAACUGUUAAGCAGUGAGCAGCUUCAUCAAAUACUUUACCUGCAGUUUUGAUCAUGAGGUUUCUGGUGAUAUUUUUCAUAUUGCUACCAGCAUGCAUUUAUGGAGACAUCAUGAACAUAGACACAACUGGAGCAUCAGAUAAAACAGCCAAACAGGACAAGUUAACUGUAAAGGGUGUUGCGGCCUCUCAAAAACUGGCUGAGAAUGAUCUGACCCGAAUGGAGAAAUACAAGAAUAAAACCAUUAAAGUUGGCAAAGCAAAGCAAAUGGACCCAGCUGUGAUCGCUGCCAUCAUAUCCAGAGAGUCCCGAGCUGGAGCUGCACUGAAGAAUGGUUGGGGUGAUCGUGGAAAUGGUUUCGGACUCAUGCAGGUUGACAAACGCUAUCACGAUCCUGUUGGUGCCUGGGACAGUGAAGAGCAUAUUACACAAGGAACUGAUAUACUCGUGAGCUUUAUUAAAAAAAUCCAAACUAAAUUUCCCAAAUGGACAAAGGAUCAAUGUUUAAAAGGUAUGUUAAAAUGAACCUCUAUAUGUCCU